AUGCAAAGUAUCGACAGUCGACGCUUCAUCAGUUCUGACUUCUGUCUAUUUAUCUACUACACGUAUGGCACGGCCAGUAUUCAAAUGCCAUUUGCAUUUGUCACGUUCACAAUACAUCGGUUUUGCUCAAUUUUGUAUCAUAAUCGACCGUUCUUUCGGACAAACAAAUGGGUGAUCAUAUGCAUUGCUGGACAAUGGAUAAUUCAGCUCAUUGUUUCACUGCCAUUCAUCUUCCGAUCAGGACAUCCUUGUCUUAUUCCACCGUGGGUGUUGAUUUAUCUGUGUGGUUGGGUGGUAGUCAUACCUUCAUUUGUGAACAUAGCUUUGAACAUUCGGAUCUUCAUAUAUGUACGAUCAUCGAGUCGUCGUGUUCAACCUACACAUCAUAUUACUACAAUCACAAAUCUAAAUAACACUCAGCAGCAGCAACAACAGCCGCCGUCAUGGCUAGGCCGUCGAGAGAUUUUCCUGCUACGUCACAUGAUUUACAUGUUUAUUAUGUUUAUUGGUGGUUGGGGUCCGCUGUAUUUUUUCCUAUUUAUCAGUCAAUUAACGCCAAUCCAGAGAAUUGCGCGUGAAUCGGCUGUACUAUUAUGUGAACUAUCUUUGCUAACUUUGAUCAUAAACUUGUUUAUAUGUAAUCAAGAACUGAGACAACAUUUGUUUAACAAACUACGCUGUAAUUUCUGUUCGUAA